UCUAGAUCCAGGGAGCAACCCUGACCCUGAGCCCUAUACCUUCAGGGCCUCUUCCACCCCCAGAAUGAGUAGGAUUGGCUUUAUCUCUAGUUACAAUCGUCUCCAAAUGCUGUGCAACAAACCUAGCAUAUUAGCGUUAAAGUAUUAAAAGUCUUUUGGGAGGGUGGGGGUGAGCUGAAUGAGACGGUUUGCUGGAUUUGCACACCUAAGAAGUCCUCUAAGGAGUUGACAUCAUGGAGGAAAGGGCUUGGGCCCAGCUGUCAGGAGAGCUGGGUUCCACCUGCCUCUCUGCAUCUCACUAUUCUUGCUAUCUUUAGAAGUGAAAAGAUUCUCUCUGAGAAUGAGCAGGACCCAAUCCCUGAAUGGCUAAAUAAAUUAUGAUGCUCAAAGUAAUUAAUAAAAAUGGAUGUGAAAUCUAAGAAAUGGUUAAAACUUUGUGAUGCAUGAGAUUUCCAGCCACAGAAAAAGUGUAGGGUAGGGGUCUUAGUGGAAUGGCUAGUAGUGACAGGCGGAGUUCAAUGUGAGAAAGCAUUUGCAGGGGAGACAAAGAUGAAAUGAACACAGUUCCUGCUACUGGAGUGGCUCAUUGUCUAACGGGAGGAGUGUAAGAUGGUAAGAUAGGGUUCAAGGGAGGGCACACCUGGUACCAUCAGGGAGGUUCAAACCAUGGCCUAGACCAGUGGUUCUAAAAUUUGCCAAUACAUUGGAAUCACCAAGGGAGCUUUAAAAGAUAUGAAGGUCUAAGUCCAACCCAAGGGAUACUAAUUCAAUUGGUUUUGGCCACUGCCUGAACAUACAGACAGUGCAAACUCUCCAGCUGGUUUUAAUAAGCAGCUGAGUUUGAGGACCAUGGUGUAGGUAUUCCAGAGACUAAGAGAUGAGUGCUGGGGAUAAGUCACAGCUUUCAGUAGAAGGAGGCCUUCAGGACGGCAUUAUUGUUAUUACAGUAUUAUUGAAGUAUAAUUCAUAUAUCACAUAAUUCACCCUUUUAAAGUUACAGUUAAGUGGUGUUUAGUAUAAUCCAGAGGUUGUGCCACCAAUCCCACUAUGUAAAAGAGAUCUUUUAGGAUGUGCAGUUCUGAUGGGCUGGAAGGCAGAGGAGAGUAAUCCAUAAGAGGGGAAUGUGUAAGCAGUGGCAUCCUGAUAGGACAGGGUAAGGAAAUGGGGGGAGCCCGCUUUUACUGCAACCCAGGGGAGAUGUCACCAGAGAAGUGGAAGAUGAUGCCAGACAGCUGGUUGUGGCAACUGCAGGCUUUGAUGGUGGAGUAGAGACCUUAUGUGUUAAUUCUGCAGAUGGGGCAGCUGUGGAUGGCUGGGGCCUUAUGGUUAUAACUGGCGACAGGCAGGUGUUUAGGAAGCCUUUGCAGUUCUCUAGGCUGAGGUAGAUGAAAGCCUGGACUAAGGUAGCUGCAGUGGGACUGAAAAGGGGUUGGAGGAGCUGACUGUGAGCCCAUGAGAGGCAGGGGAAAGGGGAUCAGAAGGGACCAAGCUGGUGAUGCUUAAAGAGAACUUGGGGGAGAGAGGCUGGUGUGCAGGGAGAGGGCUAGAGUUUGCCUGUACAUCUGUUGGGUUUGAGGGGCAGAUGGGCCCAGAGGCGCAGUUGUCCUGAGGCAGGUUGGAAAGGGAGUUGGGAGAGGUUGGUGUUGGGGUCGAUCAUGGGGAGCCACCUCAUUGGGCCUGAAUCAAGAGGCUGCCUUGGGAGAGUGUGGACACCUAUAGGCAGAGGCCACAGGAAAAGACACAUGGCUCCGUCUUGGAGUCAGUGGGAGGAGAAGAUUAUAAUGGUGGAAACAUCUAGAAGAGUUUGAACUCUGGGGAAGAGUCCUUCAUCUGGGCAAGUGGCUUCUGAGAGGCAGAGCUGCUGAAAUCUGCAAAUCUGGUCUCAGCGGACUGUUGCCAGUACCUCUGCUGUGCAAGGUGGAGGGAGGGGGUUAUGGUAGAGAAGUUGUGCCUGAAGGAAGAAGCCCUGAAAGGCCGGAAACGUGGGGUGUCUCUGAAGCAGCCUUGUGAGACCUUCCCUGUCGCGGGCGGGGAGUCUUUUUGCAGAGGAGGGAGGCGGUGAUCUGGGCGCUUCUGGUGGGGGGGGCGCCCUAACUCUCUGCUGCUCAGAGCCUGUCCCUUCGGCAUUUGUCUGCACUUACCCUCCGUCUCACCUUCCUGGGGAUCCUAAGGCUUUUCUGGCCUCCAGGCUUUUCUAGGCAGCGGAAGCGGCCGGAUGGCGGUCCCCGCUCGGAGGAGGGAGGACUGGGACGGGGACGGGGCGGGGGCGGGGCCAAGUUUUUAAAGCUCCGUGCGGGCCGUCUCCGCUGCCAGUGCGCCGCCGCUGCCCAGCUCAGUGCCGCCCGCUCGCCUGCUGUCCCGGGGCCUCUGGGAGGUUGACAAGGUCUGGGCCAUGGCGCUACUCCUUGUCCUGCCGUUUCUAGCCAGUGCUGCCCUUUCUGUGCUCCCGGCUACCGCCGCUGGAUCACACAGUCUUCAUUACAACCUCACGGCGCUGUCCCGGGAUGGAUCUGUGCAGUCCAGCUUUUUCGCUGGGGGACACUUGGAUGGCCAGGCCUUCCUGCACUAUGACCGUGACAGGCAGGUAGAACCCCGGGGGCUGUGGGCAGAAGAGCUGGGAGCUGAGACGUGGGACACAGAGUCCAAGGACUUGACAGAGACGUGGAAGGACCUCAGAGAGCUUCUAGCAGAAAUCCUGGCCCUGCAGGAGGAGAAAGGAGGUGUGAAUUCCCUCCAGGAGAUGGGCUGUGAAAUCCGAGAAGACAACCACGCCUGGGGCUUCAGGUUUCGCUACUAUGAUGGGGAGCUCCUCCUCUCCUGUCACCCAGAGACCCUCGGAUGUACAGCGCCCCAGUCCUUGGCUCGGAACUUGGCCAUGGAAAUGGAGAAGUCCUGGGACACAGAUGGCUUUCAAAGCAAGUAUUACCAGGCCCCCGUGCAGGGAGAGCUUUGUGGAAGACUGCGGGGCUAUCUGGAAUCCUGGACAGGCUUCAGGGAGAGAACAGACCUCUCGCACUGCUGCUGGGUCCCGAAAGGAAACCGAAAGCAGCCUGCGCGGAUGCUUGCCUAACCCGAGGCGCGGCCCCGCUGCACCCUCAGAAGAUCAACCAACCCCUAACUCUGGUUUAAAGGAAAUAGAAGUUGUUCGUGGAUAUAAAAGCAGAAUAAAGGCUCUUAUGGGCAGGUUGGGACAGGAGUGAG